AUGAAGUUCACGCCGAUCCGUGUUUCUAGGUUGCUUGUAACGCCCCUUUACACCGAGAUCGAACCGUUGCUGUUCCGACGAAGCAGUCUUAUUGUUGGCGACGUAAGUUUCGAGCGCGUUCCAUUCACUUUCGUUUGUAUGGAGCUUUCCUUGUUGAGCGCGACCAUUGGAACAGAGUUCCACAGAAACUGGCAGCGAAAAGGCAAGAGCGUGCGUGGAGGCGGAAAGAAGGCAAGGAGUAUAAGGCCCGCCGAACGACCAAACAUCGGCUUGUUCAGUGGUUGGCGGCCUUCCUUCUCCCGGCGCUCUUGCGAUUCCGCCACGCCACGUGCUCUUUCGAUGCGUCCAGCAUGCACCCGCUUCUAUCAAUGUUUCUUUUAGUUAUGUUUUUAUUGUGCCAAUUUUAUAAGGCUUCGUCUUUUUUCCGCUUUUUUUACUUGAAAUUCUCAACUUUUCAACGUCACUUUUUUCAAGUCUCUUCAUUGUUCUACUUUAAACUUUUUUUAUUUUUUGAGUUCUUCUCAUGGGCAAAAAUCCAACGCUUUCUUGAAGACUUCGAUAAUACAUACUUUAUGCUUUUUUAAAAUUUAGUCUAUACUUUGGUGAGAAAAUUCGAAUUCUUCCAAAGAGAACAGAAGAAAAAUUUAGUUCAUAAAGAUUUGUUGAUGUAAAUACAUUUAGAGUGAUUUAAUUCUUCCUUCUAAUAUUUUUUUAUUUGGUUGUAACUUUAAAAAAAUAGUCAACUCUCACGCAUUUUAAGCUUUCACAUGAAGAAAAAAAUUGUUUUCAAGAAAAAUUAGAAAUUCAUAUUGUGUAUAUUUCCACAAAAAUGUUCCGAAAUUUUUUUACCCUUUUUUUCACGACUUUCUACUUGGUUAUCUCAUUUAUUUUUUUGUUUCAUACUCGCUUUCAAAAAAAUUUAAUCUUAUAAAUCGAAGUAACGGAUGCUCUUAUCGCCAACUUCAACGAUCUUUCUGCAACCAGGUCGAUAGUGAUAAGAAAACAACAAAGUUCGAACUGGGUUGGGGCUGAUCAAAGAACUUUUUGUCUGGUUUUCUUUUUCUGUCAAGCUAUCGCGUCGUUGUUUGCAAAACGACCGCUCUAUUUAUUAGCUUUUUUUCUGAUUGUGAUGACGUUUUUUGAAACGAUUUCAGGUUAGUAGUCUUGCUCCGUUUUUUUCCGCCACAAGCCUUUAUUAUUAUUAUUUUUUUUUUUUGAAACAGUCAACCUAAAUUUAAAAAGAUCACUAUAUCUAACCUUUGUCCACAGUAGCUUGAGAAUCCAAUUAUAUUUUUCUGAGAUACAGUUUUUGGUAAAGAGAAACAUCUGUUAAGUUGAUUAUAAUCGCAGAAUUUCCUCCAUAAAUAGCGCGCGAAAAAAUUUAGGAAGUAGGAAAGAGAAAAAUGGCUUUUGGUCCCUGGGCACUGGUUCCUUCGCGCUUUUUCGCGAAAACAAGCCAAGAUUCUGGUAUAUACGCUGCUGGACAGCUCUUGCAGACUAAAGUUCAUUGCAUUUCGAGAUGGGGAAAGCGUCCGCGUUUUCCAAAUUCGCGUCCCGAUGUUGCGGCUACGCCAGGUUGCUUUCAUAGAAACCCGAGUACUCCAACGUUUGCAGUUUUCUUUUUGCCGGCCAGUUCUAAUUUCUGAUUGAAGCAGAAGAUUUGUUAAAACUAGAUUUCGAAGGAUGAAACGCUUCCGUUGUUAUUUUGCUCAUUUUAAAUUAUGACAAUAAAUGUUUAAAUGAGAAGAACCUUUUUGAAUUCAAAAAUGACGUUUAUUGACCUUUGUUUUUUUUUAUCUAGUCUUCUAGGUCGCGUCAUUCGCGCGUGCUAAUUUUCUUUGCCGUGUAAAAUGUUCUCAUCAGCUUUUUUCUGGAAGUUUGAGUCCUUCUGAAUUCAAAAAUUAUCCAUUUUCGUGAAAUUUUUUCUGUUCUCUCUGAAAAUUUUUCUGCAAAAACGUAAUAUUGAAAAUUCAUCUUUCUGUUUUUUUCUUCUCACUUUACAAAGGGCUCUUUUUUUCGAUUCUCUCUAACUGUUACCUUCAAAAAAUCAAAAGAUAAAUGGCCUCUUCUUUUUUGAGAUUUAUCAAACGGAUCAGAUUGAGGGGUAAAAAUAUAUUUUCUACGGUUCGACACAAUCAAAUUCUUCUCGCCAAGAAUCAAAGUGAUCUCUUCGACAUUCAUGACGCACAUAGUCUCAAUUUGAAGUGACACUCCUCUAGAUUUGUCCCCGAAAAAAUCUCUUCUUUCUGUGCUUCUUCUGUGAGAAAAAAAAAAUCUAAACUUAUUGAGUUCUGUUAAACUUUUUAACCCUUUUGGUUUUAUUAAAAGCCACAUUUUUGUAUUUUUGUGCUCGUUCAUUUUUUUUUUCAGCUUCAUUUUUCUGGCGACGAGAUGAGUACAUUUCCCCUUUUUUUGUUGAUAAAUGUUCUCUGAUUUAUGAGUUCUUCGCGCGUCAUUUAUUUUCUCGUUUGUUUGAAGACCGUAGUAAAAUAAUACAAAAUUUGCAGAGCUCUCGAAAUCGAAUGGAAUUUGUUCGAAACAGUCAACUCAACUAACCGCAAUUAUAAGGUGAGCUUUUUGUUUGGGUUUUUUUCAAUUUUUUUAUUUUUUUGAAAUAUUUUUUUUACACUUUCCCCUCAAUAAUUCCAUGUUAAAAAGGAUAAAUAAUUGUUCUAAAUUCAAUAAAAAAAUUUUUCAAACAUUCCUAUAGUCUCUGAAGGAUCUUUUUAGAGAGCAUAUGUUAUAUGUUCGUUUUUACAAAUAUGCUAGUUUGUCACAUGCUUUUGAAUUCACUUAUACUACGAAAAUCACUGAUAAGUUAAUUUUACCACGGUUGCAUGCGUAAAAUGACAUAUGUCUACUAUUUCCCACACAUUAUUAUUUUUUAUUAUGUUGGGAAACUUGUUUCUGACUUUUUUCUGCUUCCUAGGUUUGGGCUUUUUAAAAUUGCUAAUUUUUCUGUAAAUACUUAACUUUUUUUGAUUUUUCGGAACUGAAAGGUUGCAUUUAAUUAAUUUUUCCCGUGACGACCCUUGGUUAUUGAUUUCGAUCUUUGAUUCAUUAAUAGUUUGUUUACCACCGCUCUCAAGUUUUUUUUUCCAACAUUUUCCAUUUGACAUUAGAGUAUUGCUUUGAGAAAUUAGCGGAGGAAAGCUGUGGACAGAAAAUGAUCUCUCGUAGGCGUUUUAUUUCAGAUAAAACGAUCAUUUCUGAUAUUAUUGCUUUCUUGGAAAGAAUGCAAAAAAUUCACGGCUUUGGUGUAUAUCUGAGCACUUCAAUUGUAAAUAUGGUCAGUUCGAGCAAAAUUGUCUAAUUUUUGCUGUUCUAAUAAGGACUACCUUGAUCUAAUUUGAUGUUUAUCACUUCUAUCAAUUGGUGUAUGGCGCCUGUUACUAGAACAGUUUGCAAAGAAAAAUGAUUUUUCAAAACAAAAAAAAAGUUUUUAACUUUUUUCAAAGUGAAUUUCCAUGAAAGAGAAAAAAUUUUAUCGCUCCGUAGCUACAGCCUUAGGUUUGAAUGAUACCGACAAUUUUCUCGCGCGUACUUUAAAAAUCGAAAUAUUUUCAAUCUGUUUUGAAGUGUUGCCGUUCUUUUUCCGGUGUUCGAAUGUUUUCUGGUGCUGUGUCUGUUUGAACUCGAAACCGCCGUACACACGCCAAGUGCACCUAUACUUGCUUGUUUUUUUCCUGUCUUUGUUCUAGAAUCAUUCAAAAAUCUUUCCAGGCGCCUUUGAAGACACUUCGAUGAUAUUCCGUAUAUAUUCGCUUAUUAGUGUUUGAUUGGCGUCACCUCAGGCUUUUUUCCGCCUGCAAGACUUCAAUUAGUUGGCUCGUGACUUUUUUAUCCUGAUCUUUGCAGUCAACCAAAUUUCUUUCUUUUUUCUUUGCAGUAGUGAUUUGAUUUGCAGAUAUUUUCCACUCUUAGUAAUUUUGGUCACUUUUUCUAAACUUUUCUUUCUUGAGAUCAGUAUUUUUGAUCGAAAAGUGACGAUAAAACAAUGAAAGCGGUCAGCGUCUUUUUUGUUUUGCCAUUAGUCGUUCAAGGCAUCUGCAAUCGAUUUAAUAUUGCGGGUAAUCGAUUUUCGAAACUUUUACUUUCUCAAUGGAAUCUUUUUUUUCAUUCUUUUUUUGGUUUAUUAAAAUAUUUUGAACUCUGUUCGAUUGCAACGCAAUAUUUCUACAAUUUUUGAGUCGUUCGAAAUCUUCCUCUCUAAUUUGUUCUUAGAAAUUGAACUGCGUUGCUUUUUCCUCGAAUAGAAAGUUUUUUAAAGAUGAUCAGACGUUCAAGGUGGAAUGAUCAAAAACUUUGAAGUUUUUUCUGGGCGGAUCUUUCUCGGAAUGUGUUGAGUGGAUGCUUUUUGGUGCAUCAAAUAAGGAAAAUUCAUCACUUCCUUCGAAUUAGCUUCCAGAAAACAUUGUUUAGUGCAGUUACUAAGAAUUUUAACGUUAGUCAGCGCUUUUUUUAAAUCUUUAAUUGUUAAUUCCUCUUAAGAUCCUAUUGAAGUUUCUCUAGAAUCGCUUUUUUUCUAUAACGUCUACAUUGUAUCAAAAAGGAAAGCGCUAUAGAUGGAAAAAAAAUGUCAAGUAAGAAUUUAAAAGUUACAUUGUUACCUUUUUGAAGUUUUCUAUAAUUCUUCGAAAAGGAGAUAUAUGGUCUUACGGUUUCCGAACUUUCUCUGAAAAACCUAUCCAUGGAAUGGCAUAGAACAAAAAAGUACACGCUUUGAAGAAAUUGUUGGAACGAAUUAGAGUAGUCAAUCUUUAUUUUUAAACGACUUGAGCCACAAAUUUCUUAAACUUUCAAAAAAAAAAAAAUGUCGAGUAAAGUUGUACAAGUUUGCCUUAUUUGGAGGAAGUAAUAACUUGUUUGUAGUUUAGUUUCCUCUGGUCUCUUUGAUCAUUCGCGAGAGCUUAUUUGACUCCAAUUGACGAAGUGAAGAACUGAAGGCGACCGCAAAAUAACAACAACAACUAAAGGGGAAGGCGGUCUUUGAUCACCCAAAAUAGCCCGACUUCUCCGCCUCGCUGGAAAAAGAAGCGAUUCGUGUAUUUCCCGUCUCUCAUUUUGUUUUGCCCUGCCAUUUUCAUCGAGAAAUCGUUCGGUUCAGAGUUUUUUGCGUUUCACAUGUAAAAAAGAACUUUUGUUAAAACGAAAUGUGCUUUUUCAACAGCCGCCAUUUCUUCAACUCUUUUUCCUCUCGUUAUCAAUCUUUCCCUCGGUUUGCUCGCGAAUUCGUCAAGACCGGCUGGCCUUUGAACAACUCUGGAGUGCAUUUGUUUGGGUUCAAAAUUUUCUUUCCCGAAGUUUUUUUCUUUUUUUAUUAUGUUAGUUUUUUUUUGUGGUCUUUCGUGGGAAUGAUUUCGACUUGAGGUUUUUGCUUGAUGUGAUUCAGAAAAAUGCUCGUUUCCAGGCCAUUUUUGAUCUUCCAUUUCUCGAAACAUCAUAACUUUGCUUCUUGAACACAUGGAAAUGUCGCUGUCUGCUUGACUCCGCCCCUUUUCGUUUUGUUCUUCUCCAACCGAGUAUUUAACCUUAGGUUUCCAAUAAAUUUUGUUACUUAAUGAUUCAUUGCCUCUUUAUUGUCUGUUAGAUCUUAUUUAUUGUUCAAGUUAGAAAUAGGGUAUAGUUUCCAUCUAUAGUCAAGAACAUGAGAACAUAGAAGAUAAUGGGAAUAAAAUGAGAUAUCAAAUUCGAACCAAAAAUGUCAUGUACUGUCCGCGUUUGUUUUUCAUAUACUGUCACUUUUUCUGCUUUCUGUUUCCUUCUUUUUGUUUUCAAUGACUGCUAACGUUGAAAAGACUUUUUUCUUUAUAACUUUCCUGAAAAGUCCGUUGAUCAAAAAUCCGCUCCUUUUUUUUCUACAACUUACUGUAGUCACUCCAAAUUUUUUUCCAAAUCCGCAUUUGCGUAUUGGAAUUUAUUCAAAACCGCUUUUUGGUGUCCUGCGGUUUGACCAUUGAGAAAUCUUUUUUUUUCCUGCGUCAUUGCUCUCUUUUACGGAUUGUAAGUGUUGUCUUCAAUGAGAUAAUUCCCCAUGCGAGGCUUUGCUCAACUGACAACCAACGAGAAUAAUAUUUUCGUUUCUGGAAAGCAAAGAUGAGAAGAUGAAGAAAAACACUAGCUUCCGUCCGAAACAUCCAACUUCCCUGCCAGACUAUCAAAUGAAAGAUCGAGCUUUUCCCUCGUAUUUCCUUGUUCGCCGACCUUUACUUUGCACGUUCAGUUGAAAAAAAAAGUAAAGAGUACGGCAAAAUAUUAAGGUCGCUUGGUUUUUGGUGCGUUAUAUGUUUGUUUCGAAACUCGUUCGUGCAUUCAAUUUAAUAAGUUUUUUUCUCCUCAGGAAACCUUCAAAAAGGGAUUAAUAUGGAUUCAGCUGGGAACGUUACUUUUAAAGAGUUCAUCCACAUUUUUGUCCAUAUGCAACGUGGGAAAGCUUUUAAACUGAGUUUAGGAUAUACCUUUGGAGGGAAAUUUUGUGGCUUUUGAAGUUUCAUAACAGAUGAUUUUCCUCUAUGGCCAUAAAAAAGAAAUGGUUUCAAGAAUGAAAAUAUCAGUAACUUAUUGAUUAUUAGGAUCUUGUCUUUGAGACUUUCAAUACGAAUUCCGAUCAAAAAAAUUUGGAAGGAUGUUUGGAAAGAAAAAAUCAUUGCCAAGGUUAUUAUCCUUCAUAUUUUGCCACCUGCCCACCUUCAAAUGUUUGUUAAUGCACUAGGUAGAUCGAAAAUGUGAAAAAAGGUCUGAAGAAACAUCAUAGAUCAUAACUUACUGAGCAGAGAUGAUCAAAAACUAGAAAAAAAGGUUUCUCUUUCUCUCGACACGUUGGUUUUUCCAGUUCUGCAGUCAUGGCAAUUUUUUUCAAUUUUCGAAAUAUUCUUUUUUUUUGAUUACCUAAAAUAGCUUUUUGUCAUUCUGUCGAAGUUUAAAAAAGAAGUAACCAGCUUCUUCCAAAGGUAUUAUUUCCUUCAAACUUAAUAAAGAGAUUCUUAUGCGUACUUCUAGAGUUUGAAACAUUGAAGCGUCUGUAAAAUAAGAAGUUUCGCAGUUUUUGUCUUUAAGAACCUUCUACAGCACGUCUAAAGUGCUUGGGUCAAGUCUCGAAACUCUAACACUAUGUGAUUAUGACUUCCUUUUAAAAGACUCUGUAACGUUCAGAAUGAUUGAUGAUGAAUGUUUGAUUUUGCAAAUGAAGAAGAACAACAGAAAGAGAGAACAAAGAUUGAGAAGACGUCGUGUUAUCGAUCAGCAGAUGACCGAAUUGAAUCGUUCUGGCGAGAUGACAUCACGGCGGCGCGUGGCGGUUGUUGCAAAAUACUCGAAGACGAUCGGCGAUCACGAAGGAACGCGCGAACGUGGGAGAGUCGCGACGGCACGGCGAAAACGAGCGAGAGACUCGCGGCGGCGAAAAAGCUUCAAAGCUCAAUGAGCAUGCGGAUUUUUGCACGCAGGCCCUCCGGGCACAAACACCCUUCAUACCAACCUCAUCUACUCCAAUAUUUUACUUUUUUACUUUUUUUUUUCUUGUCCAAAGCAAACGUCUUUUCCUUUGUAUUUUUUUUCUUUCAAGUGUUACGGCAGGUGGAAGGUACCUCGCUAUCAGAACUUUUCAAUCUUUGAACCCUUACCGUGGUUCUUUUGUUUACAAUCUUUUUCUUUUCCGAAAUUUUCAGAAAAGAACAUCUCAUGAGAAAGAUUAGAAACUAUCUAGUUAGUAAUUCUUGGUAUCACUUGCAAAUGUUUUUUUCCAUUCUUGUAAUCAUUUGAUCGUGUCGCUCAAGGUUGUUUUCUUCUUUUUCCCAGAAAUUUGAGCUUGUUUCUCUUGUUUUUCGAUAGAAUCGAAAAUAUUUCUAUUUACACUUUUUUUUUUCAUUCCAAUGAGUGUGAAUGAAUCGCGUACAAUUUGUUCUCUGCAAUAGUGUCUCACGAAUUUUUCGAAUCUUCUUGCUAACUUUAUUUGAGCAAACUACAUAUUGAAUCUGCGUCAUCAAUUUUGCAUUCACUUGGAAAUCUCAAAAAUAUAAAAAUUAGCUGCUUAUCAAAAAUCACGACCUUAUCAAGAUUGUUAUUGAGAAGCGCUUACCGUAUAUCUCUAAAGGUUGGGAGUCUAUGAAUCAUUGGCUUAAUUAAUUUUUUCCCAAAUUAGCGUGGUUGCUCUUAUUUUUGAAUAUACGGGUUACUGUAGUGUGGUUUCUGCACGCUUCUCAGUUUUGCAGCUUUUUUUAAUGAAAAAGUUUUCCUUUGCAUGAGGCAUGAUUGGAGAGAACAUUUGUAGUGAAAGGAACUUGAACUAGAAAAAUAAACUAAAGAGAAACCUUAUAGAAAGAUUUUUGACUUGAUGUGGAUGUUUUUUUUGUUGUUUUUUGAAUUAACAAUUUUUCUUUGUGUGGUUUCUGCAUACAUUCGAGAUAUGGAGGUUUUCUAUUUAAAUGACUUGUGGCGAAAGUUAUAACUAGGAAGAUUAUUUUACUUUGCGGUUUUUAAUUUUCUGAAAAUUUGCUAAAAUACUUUUGAGAAGAGUACUUGGUUUCUCUUUUGUCGUUGCUCAAAACUGUCUUUUUGGGAUAUUAUUGUUAAAAUUUGCAAAAUAUUAGUCACAAGCUCAAUUUUGUGUUAAGUUCAAACUUACACAAUUCUUUUUUUUUUCUUUCAUGAACUGUAAGCUAAAAAGCUACUAGCAGGGAUCAUCUAGACCCAGAGAAUAUCCGGAGAGAUUCUCAGGAAAUUCCAAAGCUUCCUUGUAGGAAUUUGCACAUGAGCUUUGAACGGUUUCAACAACCUUUCUUUGCAACCUGGGGAUAUCAGCAGAUGCUCGGUAAUUCUUGGACGGCUAACCUAUUUUUGAGGCCGCUCGCCGAUCUGCGGUGUCUUCGGAGGCCUCCUAAUAUGGGUCUUCAGGCAGCGCCUACGCGUUUGGCCGCUUAAUCACGGCCUGCAGCCUGCCAUAAUCACUGUGAUUAGUGUUAGGCGGUUGUUUAGGCGGCUCCCGGCAACCCCUUAAAUACGGUGCCGUUCUGCUGAAACGUUCAGUCUGCUCCGGCGGCUUCGCUCUGACCUCUUCUUUUUUUUUUCAAAAGCGAACGCCAGCUUCGAAGUUUUUCGUCUAUUCUAUUAGUUCAUCUUGUAAAUGAAACUUAACAAGAUUCACUUUGUAUCUGUUAGAACCCUGUUUGGCAAUUUUCAGAAGUUCGGUGAAAUUAGAACAGAAACCCUAUUUGCUUCUAGUUUGGCCUCAAAAAGCUCAUUCACGAGUUGAAACACUUUUUGGGCAGCUAUGGCAACAUCUGAGUGAAAAAGAAGAAUAAAUUUCAAUUUUAAUGUAAUCGCUGUCUGCACUCGGGUGGGGUUGGCUUCUUCCGUAUUUUUUUCUCUUCCUCGAUUAUCAAAAAUUUUGUAAAAAAAUAUGAAAUCUUAUAUUUUUUUAUUUUUUUGUAGCUCCAAGCCUUUUUAUAAGACAAAAGUGAACUGCGAACAAGGAUUUUUUUUGGAGAUGAAUAAUAGGUUUUAGGUUUUAGGUUUAUAAUAGGUUUUAACGAAAUUUUUUUUUCUAUUACAAUUUUAAAAAAAUAGAGUUCCACCUCGUUAAUAAAAUGUUGUCUUUUUAUUAAAUAGACACUUGACCACGAAGUUUAUCUUGAGAGUCACAGCAUCUGCCAUCUCUUACCGUAUUCUCCGCCUCUUUCAUUGAUCAGUAGCCUCACUCUAUUUUUAUUCGUCUUACUUUAUGGUUUACAAACGAUCCCAUUGUCGCAGCCUCACGACGAUCGUGAUUGCAGAGAGACCGCUGAGAGUGACGGCGACGCCGAGGGUCUUGUCGCGAAUCGUCGUCGGCUGACAGCGAUGAGCUGCAACCUGUGGUCGCUGAAGAGCGCGCGACUUCGCGUUGCCUGCUCCAUCGCGCUCGCCCUCACCAUCGAAGGUCUCAUGCGUUCCAACCUCAACAUGGUUCGUUCAGAUUCACCCGAAAUUAUUGAAAACUCACAAAAAAAAACAGUUGAUGCCAGACAAGUCUCUAUUCAUACAGCAAAAGUUGAAAUGUUAUAGGCCUAAAGAUACAAAAUUAGACAAAUUUUAAAAAACUUGCAGCGGAAUUUACAUGUUCAGGGCUGAAAAUAAAGAUAUUCAUAGUACUUCCGCAAGUAAUGUGCCAACAGGGCGUGUAAGAGCGAUGAGAAAAUAUUUAUGACUGUGAUUUUUGGUAUCAAUGUAAAGGUGAACCUUAAAUUUUUGGAACACAAAAAAGGGAAAAAAUGGAUAAAAAAUAGCUUUGUUAGAAAUUAGCUUCAUUUAAAGGCCACAAACACGAGUCGAACUGAGGUUGAUGAAGUUCAACAAAAGGGAAAAAAGAAAAAUGAAAAAGAUUUGAAGACUUUUUUGAUUGAUGCACGGCAGAAGAUGCCUUUUAUAACGAAGAAAAUAAGGAAAAUCUUGUUCGUAAAAAAUAUUAGAAUUUUUUUAAAGAAUCAAUAAAAAAAGAUAUAUUACUUUGUUUCCCAAGAAAACUCGAUUUUAGAAACUUGGUUACAUAUAUAAUUUGUUUCAGGCCGUCGUCUGUAUGCUGAACAGUACGGCUUUAACAGAUGGACGGUCCAACUUCAACCAGACGCACGAAGAUUCUUCGUGUCCCAUGCUCGUCAUCGGAAAUCAACGAAAAGUUGACCAUGUCGGUGCUUUUCAGGAGUUCCAAACCAGAACUGGCCUGUUUCAGCACGGCGACUUGUACUGGACGGCGCAUCAGAGGGCCGUCAUCUUCGCUUCGUUCUACGCAGGCGGACUGUUUGCAACUCUGGCCACUGAGGUUCAUUUUUUGUGAGAAGCACUUAUUGGCUUUCGAAGUUCAUGAAAAUCUUCUGAAAGUCGUUGAGAAUUCCGGCAGACUUUGGUUGUUUCGUUGUGCUUUCGAGUGAGUCGCCAGACCAAAACAAAUACGGCCUUUCUAUGAAUCUCUGCACAUGUUAGGCACAGCGAAGGAAUUUGUUCGGUAAACGGAAAAUUAUGCCUUUGAAGCCGAUAAUUCAGGUGAAUAGUCGGUAGAAAGAACCCUUUUUGCAGAAGCUGAACAGAGCCGUUGGAGCGACCAAAUUGGUCUUCUACGGCGCCAUUUCCAACGUCAUCGGCACUUUUUUGACGCCUUUCGUCGCUCAGAGCUUCGGUCCCUUUGCACUGAUCGGUGUCCGAUUAAUCAUGGGAUUUGGCCAGGUUAAUAGAAGAUCUGAUUGAUAAAAAAUACACGUAGUUUGUAACUUUUAUUUAUUAUUUAACUUUGGAGGUAUGAUAUCACUUAAGUAUAUGGUCCGAAGGAAAAAUGUUCUUCCCAAAACUUAGAUUUCGCCCAAAAUCCACUGCUUCGAUGUCCAGUAGAUAAAAGAGGUCUGAGCGAAAGUUCAAAAUUUUUCAAAAAUAUAACUGAAGGCAAAUCAUCUGAAUAGCGAAACGGCUUGUUCGAGUCAUCAAAAAAAAAGUCCUUACACGAAAAAAGAAAAGUUGAUGUCUGGCUGGUGGAGAGCGCACUUAGGCCACGCCCUCUUUGCGUCCGAAACUAGCCGUGAAAUCGAAAAAAAAAACAUAAUUUUUUUUUCUCAACAGCCUGGUUAAAGGAUCAAGCAUAACUGAAAGUUUCUCCUUCUUGCAGGGACUACUCUUUCCUUGUAUGUCAGUCCUGGUCUCGGCAUGGUUCCCUCCGACGGAAAAAUCGACGGCUUUGGCCAUCGCCACUACCGGAAACCAAGUCUCCGUAGUGAUUGCCAUGUUCGCCACGGCUGAACUUUGCCAACUUCCCUGGGGCUGGCCGAUGGCCUUCCACACUUAUGGUUCUUUCCCUCCUCCGAAAAAUGGACUUAUUUGUUUUUUUAUUUCAAGGCGUUUUCGGCAUUCUGCUCUGUAUCAUUUGGUACGUGUUCGUGUCGGAUUCGCCGGCGGAGGCGCGAGAAAUCUCCAGCGAGGAGUUGCAGUACAUCACCAACAGCCGACGGCCUAAAGUUCAGGUGAGAAAGCUCAUAAGUUGAUCGUUUUGGUUCAAUCUGUGCUUUAUGUUUAAAAAACCAUGAAGCAUCUUUCAAGGAUAAAGGUAUGAGUUUCGUAGAGAUUCUGAAUCGAAUUUUCUCUUCAGAAAGCCAACUGGCCGGCUCUUCUGUCUUCGCCCGUCGUGUGGUCCAUCGCGGCCUCUUCCUUCGCCCACAACUACAUCACCGUCGGAACGGUCACCUACCUCCCCCUCUACUACAAAACUGUCCUCAACAUGAGUCUCACCUCGGUAUUCAUCCCUUCAGUGGCUUCUUAGUUAACUUCCGACUUUUUCAGAACGGAAUCCUUUCCGCGCUGCCCUUCAUCGGUCAACUCCUCUCGAAGGUCGUCUACGCCGGAUUCGCUGACGAGGCGAAGCGUCGCAAAUGGUUCAGCUACUCCACCGUCACCAAGUUGUCCAACUCGAGCGGUAAUCAGGACACCGCGACGAUCAGAAUGAGAGAAGAGUUUGCAGCUUCUUUCGGAAUGGCCAUCUGCUUCGUCCUUCUCUGUUUCUGCGACUGCUCCCAACGGUUCACCGCCAUUUUCCUCGUCUGUCUGGCCAUGGCUUUUGUUUCUGGUUACAUCCCUGGCUACAACACGAGGUAAUAUUUGAUCUAGGAGUAUUCAAAUCAGAAAAAAGAGAAGAACUUAGAAAAAACUUUAGCCCAAAGUAGCCGCGUGUUCUAAUUUAAUGAAAAGGCUUAUAGUGAUCAAAUUCUGGACCUCUUUAUGAUAUUCUCUGUAAAUUUGGGCUUCUAGAUUUGUUCUUUUUUCCUUGGAGCAAGUUUUUCACGCAGUAGUCUUACCUACCGAAUAUGAAUUUUCGAGAAUUAUCUUCUCGGACCUUUGAAAGGCGAACCGGACGCUUCCCGGACGUUUUUAAGCAUUUCUCUAGGAAAAACUUUAGCAGAACUCGUAAGUGACCCCUAAAAUUUCUCAGAAAGGUUUUUUUCCGGGUCAUUCAUGACAGUCUUCUCAGGCCGUUCUUUCUAGGAUCAAUUUCAUCAGUUCUACAUAAUAUUUCUUUUUUUUAAUUAAAUCGGUUCCUAAUGAUCUCUCUUCUCAGCGUGGUGACGAUUGCUCCAUCGCAAACGGCAGCGAUCGCCGCCUUCUCACGAAUUUGGGCUCAAAUCGCGGCUUCAGUUGCGCCUUAUCAUAUCGGGGCCACCACUAGACAAGUGAGGGUUUUUCUAAUUUUUAUCUGCAAAAGUUGUAUUUUCCAGGGUUUGCUGGAAGAAUGGCGCGUCGUUUUCAUCAUCAUCGCCGUGAUGUGCGUGAUAACCGGCAUUUUCUUCCAGUGCUAUGGAACUUGUUAGUUUUUUUUUUAAUUUUUUAACUCAAGUUUAGUGACUAUUCAUGAAGUUUCGUAGUCAUAUUGAGUUCUCACAAAGCUCUACCUCAAAAUAGCUCAAAAAAUCAUUAUUUUCACUUUUUCUUUUUGAACGAGAAAGUUUUUGAGUUCCGGUUGAACUAUUGAUGAAACUCGGCGGAAAUGAACUUCAAAGCCUCUAGAUUCUAGAAAAAGAAAAAGAUUUCUUGCAAUAUAUCUUUUUUCCGUGUUAUGAAGCUUCAAACCUCGCAAAUACUUUUUUUUCCCAUUACUCGAAAACAAAAUAUAUUGCGAGAAACCAAAAAGCGUUCUAUUGUUAGUUUUGCAGCGCAAGUCUAGACUGCGUUUUCCAGCCUUUCAUUGAAUAUUUGAAUCUAUGAAACUUUUUGGAAGGAAAAUGUCGUGAUUUGCAGCGGACGUGCAAGAUUGGGACACUGUGAGCGUGAAGGGCGUCGAAACGACGCAGCAAGAACUCAUCGACAAGUCUUUGCUCGAUUCGAAGGAAAUCGAGGCCAACGGCACGAUCGCAUAA